GAAAAUCUGUGCCGUUUACUUAAACUGGGGGAUCUACGAGAACCGUACGAUUAGCUCGAGGCUUUGGCACGCGUCUUUUGAAACAUUCUAUGCAACAGUUAAACCGGCCACUCGCUUUCUGUUACUCCUUCUUUCCCUCCUCUUUCCUUUUUUCUUUUCACAAUCGAAGAUUUCAUGCCUUAUAAUGUGACUUUUCCUCUUCUGACUAUCUCUACCUCCCUUUCGCACUGUCUCUUGAACGAGGGUCACUUCUCCCUUAUCUGUGAGCUUCUAUCAUCACAAAGUUUCUCUUUUACGCCGUCAAAAUCCCCCCACUUCCGCGAAAUCCUCCCAUCUCGUCUCAUUCCUCUUCUCACAUAAACUUCUUUAUAUGUAUUUCCCAUUCCAUGCUCUUCUUUGCCUACGUCCAUGGAAGUUCCUCACCACAGUCGCGGAUAUUUAUUUGCUUCGUUUGCACUUAAAAUAGCGUAUUGGGUUCUUUAGCAUUCUUUCAGCUCUUGUUUGCGAACGCUCAGAACAAAAAAGUGAUUCCUGUGAAAUGGGAAACAACUGCGUUGGAUCAAGAAUCUCCAGGGAUAAACUAUUUCCCACCUUUUCCAGUUCACUCUGGUGGUCACGACCGACUGGGGAUAUGGUUUCUCCUAGCAGUAAAUCAUCGUCCAGAAGCGAAGGUCCAAAUGUUUCAGAGACUGUUCAAAAUAGCCCGCCGGAGAUAUUGAGAAUCGAAAAGGUAGAGAUGACACCAAUACAGGAGAUAAAACCGCCUCAACCUCAAAAACUGGACGAAGAGAUUAAAUCUUCCAAGCCACCAAUGGAGGAAUCACGACUGCCCCACUCGGUGACGCUGAGGCGUGCGGAAGAGGAUGGACCGAUUCCGACGAGUGUACAAAAGGAAGAGAUUGUUCAACCAGUGGAACCUGCAAAACCAAAGAAGCCCCAUAAGGUGAAGAGGCUCGCAUCUGCUGGGCUGCAAGCAGAUUCUGUCUUGCAAACAAAAACUGGUCAUCUUAAAGAGUUCUAUAAAUUGGGGCGAAAGCUUGGACAUGGGCAGUUUGGAACGAGUUUCCUUUGUGUUGAGAAAGCUACGGGUAAAGAGUAUGCCUGCAAGUCCAUUGCUAAGCGAAAAUUGCUGGCAUAUGAAGAUGUGGAGGAUGUGAGGAGGGAGGUUCAGAUAAUGCAUCACUUGUCAGGAUGCCCAAAUGUGAUAUCCAUAAAAGGGGCUUAUGAAGAUCCUGUGGCAGUUCAUGUUGUGAUGGAACUAUGUGCAGGGGGUGAGCUGUUUGAUAGGAUUGUGGAAAGAGGGCAUUACACUGAAAGAAAAGCAGCAAAACUUGCCAGGACUAUAGUUAGCGUUAUAGAAGCUUGUCACUCCCUUGGAGUGAUGCAUCGUGAUCUUAAGCCUGAGAAUUUUCUUUUCGUUAGUAAGCAUGAAGACUCCCCCCUUAAGGCCAUCGAUUUUGGAUUGUCUACAUUUUUCAAACCAGGAGAAACUUUCACAGACGUAGUAGGAAGUCCUUAUUAUGUUGCACCAGAAGUUCUGCGCAAGUGUUAUGGUCCAGAAGCAGACGUGUGGAGUGCUGGUGUGAUGAUUUAUAUUCUGCUAUGUGGGGUGCCUCCAUUUUGGGCUGAAACAGAGGAGGAUAUAUUCGAUGAAGUUUUGCGUGGGAAGCUUGAUUUCUCAUCAGAUCCUUGGCCUAAAAUCUCAGAAAGUGCUAAAGACUUAGUGAGGAAGAUGCUUAAUAGAGAUCCAAGAAAACGGAUAACUGCUCAUGAAGUUCUUUGUCAUCCUUGGAUACGAAUUAAUGGAGAAGCUCUAGACAAACCUCUUGAUCCGGCAGUCUUGAGUCGCCUGAAGCAGUUUUCUGCCAUGAAUAAGCUCAAGAAAAUGGCUAUAAGAGUGAUUGCAGAGAAGCUCUCUGAAGAAGAAAUUGCUGGAUUGAAAGAAAUUUUUAAGACGAUAGACACGGACAACAGUGGUCAAAUUACAUUGGAAGAACUAAAGAAUGGACUGAAAAAGUUCGGUGCUGAUCUGAAUGAAUCAGAAUUACAAAAUGUAAUGCAAGCUGCAGAUGUAAAUAACAGUGGAGCAAUUGACUACAAAGAAUUCAUAGCUGCCACAUUGCAUUUAAAUAAAAUUGAGAAGGAAGACCACUUAGUUGCAGCUUUCUCAUACUUCGAUAAAGAUGGAAGCGGCUACAUCACACCAGAUGAACUUCAACUAGCUUGCCAAGAAUUUGGCAUAGAAGAUUUCCACUUAGAAGAAAUUAUCAGGGAGGCAGAUCAAGAUAACGACGGGCAAAUAGAUUACAAGGAAUUUGUUGCAAUGAUGCAGAGAGGCAACACAGAGAUGGGGAAAAAGGGUCAAAGAGGUAGCAAUAGAUUCGAGAUUGGAUAUAGGGAGGUGCUAUCAGUCUAUUAACCAAACUGGGGGGAUAAUUUUUUUGUUUGUUGAUAGAAUACCAUCUUAUCCGAUGUUCAUAGCAGGGUGGAUUAUUUUGUAUACUUGUGGAUAGGUUGCUUCAUGGGCAUUGUGAUCCAAAUAUUAUAUUGUUCCUUAUGAAGGAAAAUAUUUUCACCGCAA